CAAUCUUUAAUUAUUUUUUGGCCAUUAAACCAAAUUCCAAAGAGGGGGAGAUAGGAGUAGGAGUUCUCUCCUGGCGUCAGCCAGUCUCCUUCCCCCAUCCAGCCAAUGGUUCUGCAGGCUAUACUGCAGUACUUAAACUCCCAGAUCGCCUUUUUUUCCUUUUUUUUCUUUUAACUAAAAGGAUAGAUUGCAUUUUCUUCACAUCAUGCCAGCCAUUACAUUUACAGUUGUUAUGCUCAGUAGCAGACAUUUCAAAAAAAAAAAAUUUGGCUUACGAUUUCAACCACAGUAAAUGGAGGUUAGAUUUCAAUUUUUAAAGCUAAGGCUAUUAAGUCACGAAGUUGAUGAAAUUCACGGAUUCAAUGAUUUAACGGUUUCUGGGGUUUUGGAAGGGAUUGUAUAUGGACGGCCUUCUUGUUGUUAUGGAUGAUUCGUGUGGAGUUUACUAAGUGGUUGGGAGAAAACAUAAUUUAAUUAAGUGAUAGUGGAAUUUUCGUAUUAGUCAAUAAUCUUUCCUCUGUAUUUACAACAGGCAACUAGGCCUUUCUCUUUCCCAAUGAUUCUGUUGACUUUUUUCUCCCUCCUUGGCUCUUCAUCUAUUUGGCCACUCCUUGAGAGUGCCCCACCCGUGCUGAUUAUUACAAAGUAAUUUCCUCUUUAUGAUGACAGAUUGUCCUUUAUAUCUGAUCCCAACUCCUAUUUCACAAAUUCUUUAGUACAUACAGACCUUGAUAAUGUCCACUGAAGCGGCCGAGGGUGAUAAGUUGCUCUUAUUACCUUCAGCACAACCAUGUCGCCACUUUUCUCUUGCAGAGAUUCAAUCCGCAACCAAAGACUUCGAUGAUAAACUGAUCAUUGGACAAGGAGGUUUCGGAAAGGUCUACAAAGGCCGUAUUUAUAUUGAAGAAACUAGUAAAACAGUAGCCAUCAAACGGUUGAAUUCUUUGUCUAACCAGGGGGCAAUUGAGUUUAGGGCUGAAAUUCACAUGCUUUCUAAUUUGCGCCACUGUCAUUUGGUGUCUUUGAUUGGUUAUUGUGAUGAUAGUUGGGAGAUGAUCCUCAUUUAUGACUAUAUGGGCCGUGGAACCUUAUACGAUCAUCUACACAAAACUGAGUCUUCAUUAAAUUGGGAGCAACGACUGAAGAUAGCCAUUGGUGCUGGACGUGGAUUGGACUACCUUCACACUGGUGUUGGCACCCAACACGGAGUUAUACAUCGUGAUGUGAAGAGUUCAAACAUUCUUUUGGAUGAUAAGUGGGCAGCUAUGAUUUCAGAUUUUGGGUUGUCCAAAAUCGGGCCAACGAAUCAAUCAUUUUCUUUUGUUGAUGCAAGUGUUAAAGGCACAUUCGGAUAUCUGGAUCCAGAGUAUUUCUAUACCAGAAAACUGACAAGGAAAACAGAUGUGUAUGCAUUUGGGGUUGUAUUAUUCGAAUUGCUCUCAGGGAGACUUGCUGUGGAUGAACGCAAGGGUGAGCAGCACUGUAGUUUGGUAAGGUGGGCUAAAAAAUGUGUGAAAGAUCGGAAAUUAAAUCAAAUGGUUGAUUCUAAAAUCAGGGGAACGAUUUUUCCCAAGUGUUUAAGAGGGUUUGCACAAAUUGCAUAUCGUUGUUUGUGUAGUGUUCUUAAAAAUCGUCCUACCAUGGCUGAGAUUGUGGGAUCACUUCAAGCUAUACUGGAAAUACAAAAGAGACAUGACAAUCCUGUUGAGCCAUCAGGCAUAACUGGAUUUACUUUGAAGAUUCAUAAGUAUAUUGUUUCUGCAACCAGAAAAAAUGAUGACCAAAUUAGCACAAAUUCAUCAAAGACCAUUGAAAAUCAGCGCUCUUCAACAAACAAGAAUGAUAACUGUCAGAGUGAAAUGCCUAGUCAGCAUGGCGAAUCUCUAGUUAAAGAUUUGAAAUGUUUCACUUAUCAUGAAUUGAUUCUUGCUACGAACUUCCUUGAUUAUGGCAAGGAUCUGAAGGUUUACAAAUGCUGGAUGGAUGAAACAACAUGUUCCUUUUCACAAGAUAAAACCGGAUUGCCAGUUGCAAUUAAGAGAAUUGACUUUUACAAACCUGCAUGGCCGCCUAAUUUUAAAGAAUUCAGCCAUCCCAAUCUUGAAAAGCUCAUAGGAUAUUGCUUGUCAAGCCAAUCAGACAAACAGGGGUUCCUUGUGUAUGAGUUUAGGCUUAAUGAAAACUUUCAUGAACUCCUGUAUCACGGAGCUGCAGCGCGACUUUCGUUGGCUAAAAAGGUGAAAAUAGCUGUAGGAAUCGCUAGAGGGAUUGUUUUCUUGCACAAGACACAAGAUGAAAGAAUGAUCGGUCGGUCUAGUCUUAACAGACGUAAUAUAUUGCUUGAUGAGGAUCUUACAGCAAAGCUUUCAGGCUAUGAUUUUACUAAGUUGGAACAUGGUUACUAUCCACGAAGUAUUCAACCUUCUAAACAUUUAGAAAGUUGUGACUAUGCUCCUUGGGUCGAGGUCUCUCAGCUACAGUGCAAUCUCUCAGGUUUUACAGUUGUAUUUGCGGAGGUGCUAACAGGGAAGCAAAUCUCUAAUGACGAUGAAUUCCAAAUGAUUGAUAAUAUAUUUAUCCAACAUGGGAAAAAGUCCUUGGUUCAUAUUGCAGAAUCAUGUUUUCAAAUCUGCAAUGAGGUAAAUUCAUAAUCGAAGAUGCUAAGAAUCUUGAAGGAGUACGAGCACUAUAUUCGAGCAUGUCAGAAAGUGAAAUUCGCAGCAGCAGCUAGUGAUAGCUAUUUAUUGUAAGAAACUUAAUUAUAGCUAAGAGUAUUUGCUUUGGCCUAGCUACAUUCUUCCAUUUCAUGAAUAUCCGUAUCAUAUAUACCGCAAACUCUCGAAGUGGACCUCAUGAAUUGGAAAACAUGUUUUUUUGCUUUACAAUUUGACAAUUUAAACUACAUAAUAUUGCUAUAUCAAGUAAAUCUGUUGGACGCAAGACAAGGAGGCGAUCAACCAUCCACUUUUGGUGUUAAAUAUGUGUUU